GGUGUGCUGACCCAGCGUGAGAUCCAAAACCUGCAGGACACCGGCCCUCGAGGCCUGGAGUUGCCUACCCCGGCUAUAAAGGUUAAAAUAUUAUUUAAAUAAGCUGCUGCUACGUGCUGGUUGUUCUUCUGCUGGGUCAGUGCACAGCUCCAGAUAGAGGGAGCGUAAUGGUUGUACAUUACUGUGGAUCAUGCUCCGCAGUGAGUAUAUGCAGCUAAUCUCUGUACCGUUUGAAUAUAGAUGUAAUCCAGGCAAUGGAAAUAGCACUUUGAUGCUAAUCUUACUGUUCUGUAAUAACAGCAGGCUUACAUUAUUGUUAGCUUAAUGUCUAAUCCUGAACAUUUCAGGAUGCAGCAGCUUAUUUAAGCCAUGUAUUAACUGUCACAGGCUAAUGAGUAGUUUCUGUAAUUGUUAACUCUGUUUCUAGUCGAGGAUCACAGGCUGUUCUGUUUAUUUAGGACUGCCCGCUUUCUUUGAACAAACAAACAAAUAAAGAAAACCAAUAAAUCAGCAGCUUACAUUUGUGGAUCUGUGCAAAGCUGGCAGCAUGAAAUUUGUGUCCAAACCCCACGAGGACAUGUGACGUGAUCUGUGCGUGUCAGGCGAUGCGUCCACACGCAGUUAAGCUUUUGUGAGUGACGGGGAUGCUACGUUUAGUUUUAGACAUUUGCGUUCAAAGAAAGGUCUUAGAAAGAGGAAAUAAUCUGAUUAGUGAAGCUGAACUUCAGAAAUUGUGUUUAAGUGAUCAGUAUUUAUUCAGGUUCGCAUUGAGGCACGUUAAAGCGGUUUUACGCGCAGUUAAAUUGCAUCGUAAGCCACAGACGUUUACGAGUCCUCAAACGUUGCACACAAAUCACUACACAUAUUUGUAAAUCUUUGCGUACGCUUGUGGAUCAUACCGUAGCAUUAGCGAAGCUUUUGAGUCAAAUUUCUCCCCAUAGCGUUCGCACUUAAUGAUGAGGAAGUGCUUUCUGCGAUGUGGUGACGUGACAGGCAACGAUAGAAACUAGGGCUGGGUAUCGUCACUGAUUUCUAGAAUCGAUUUGAUUCCGAUUCACAAGGUCGAGAAUCGAUUUUAAUCGAUAAACCGAUUAUAAAAACCCACCCCUAAUAGAAACCAUCAAAGACUCGUCACUGAUGUGAACAGAGUAGAAGACAGUUCAGGAUUCAAUUUGCAGGAGCAAAUGUUUUAGCGGGAUCACUCAGCUGAGCUCGAUUCUUCUGUUGCCACAGACGAUCAGAAAUUGGGCUUCUUGUGUCAACAUUUACAGAGAGUCGGAGUCGGGGGAAGAAGGUGGUGGUGUUGGUGCAGUUGUGCUGUUUUGAAAGGGCGCUCUGAAGCUGAAGGGACUCGGAUUGUCCGGUAAACUGAGCAAUUCGAAAGCAGGUGGUUAAUAAUCAGCUGAGCAAAUGCAAACUACUGUACUGUACUACUGCAGUGUGAGGGAAAGUCCAAGCAGAGCUUGUUGUCCUCGUCGUCAGAGAACCAGCACAGCUACACGUGGUACCAAAAUGUUUCUGAGAGCGACAAGAAGCCCCUGGCCCAGACCACCACCCUGAAGACUGGCUCUAAGGCAGAAUCCACCUAUGACUCGUGGGAUGUUAUAAUGGGCCUCCGGCCACCUUCUCCCACACAGGAACCCCGCAACCCUGCCCCUACUCUGUCAUGGGCUUCGGCGGGCGUCACGACGGCAGGCGGCUGUGACCCGGUGCAAACCCGGCACGAGAAGACCCCCUCUCCUCCACAGCUGCUCCUCAGCGACAGCGACGACCUACAGGGCAACCCUGACCUCACUGAGACGUCGGAUUACUCCCAGAUGUCGACCUCCUCGUCACUUGAAAGGAACUCGAACUGUCGGACAUACAGGAGGCCCAACAAACAGGGCAAAGCCUCGGACUCCAGCAGCUUCGCAGCCACUGUUUUUGGCUCAGAUCUUCCCAAAUCCGCAUCUGACAGCAAUAACAAAACGACAGGUGGCAGAGGGAGCCGGGGCAGGACGAGGGACUACACAGUGUUGCACCCAUCCUCCAUAUCUAUGUGUAACGUCACCAUCCAGGACCGAGUGGUGGAGGAGUUUGGGACUGAUGCAGCACCCUCUUGUGGUAGCGGUAGCGCCGGUUCAGGCAGCACGACGCAGCUGGGAGAGGCCGGGUGGCAGCGGAAGAAGUCGGAACAACAGAAUACAAGGUUCAGGCAGACCCAGACCAAGUCGAAGAAGGACAGUAAGCUGGACCUGUUUGGCUUUGAGGACUCGGAGGCCCAGCAGGAGGAGAACAGUAGCGACAGCGCGGAUGGCCGGUCCAGUUACAAAAUCAAAUACUUCGGUUUCGACGACAUGAGCGACAGCGACGGCGCUGAAGACGACGACGGCAGAGCUAAGGAGAGGAGGAGGGCCAAAAAGAAGGCCGCCAUCACCACAGUGACCCCGGUGGUCACCAUAGAGGAAAUGCCAGCUGAUGACCCGCCAGAUCCGUUUGAAAGGCUGGAGGUCCAGGAGAUGCUGGAGGUCCAGGAAAGGCCGGCAGUCAAGGAGAGCAAGAAGAACUCUGAGAAGCAGGAGAGCAGGAUACGAACAGAUGUCCUGGACUUCUCAGAGGACGGCCUCAGGGUGGUGGCCAGCGGUCUGAGGAGGCCGCCUCAGGGCAAACCUGCAGAGAAGAACCCGGACACCCUCCGGAGGAUCUUCAGUGCACAAAAGAAGUCUCCCACCAAAGCGGUGUACAACGCCAGGCACUGGACAUUGGAGAGCGAAGAAGAGCCCCCUCCGCCUUUCUUCGCGCGAUCACAGACGACUCCCGCCUCAGCCUCGGCUGGAGGCUCCAGUAAGGAGCCCUCUAACUCUCAGAAGGACGAUGGUGUGUUCAAGGCUCCGCCCCCUCCUCCAAAGGUCACAAAGUGUGUCACUGUCCCUACAGAUCCAUACCAGGACACCGUCACUGCACUCAAGUGUCACAAAGAACAUAAAGAGCUGUACACAGUCGUCCAACACGUGAAGCAUUUCAACGACGUGGUGGAGUUCGGGGAAAACCAGGAGUUCACCGAUGACUUUGAAUACCUAGCUACUGGUUUGAAGAGCGGACAGCCUCUCAACACGCGAUGCCUUAGUGUGAUCAGCCUGGCUACACGCUGCGCCAUGCCCAGCUUCAGGAUGCACCUCAGGGCCAGAGGGAAGGUGGCUCAGGUCUUCAAAACGCUCAACGAUGCCCCACAGCACCCGAACCUGGCUCUGUGUACAGCCUCUCUCAUGUACAUCCUGAGCAGAGACCGGCUCAACAUGGAUCUGGACCGGUCCUGCCUGGACCUGAUGCUCCGCCUGCUCGAACUGGACCAGGACCAGGGGGGCGGGAAUGGGGCGGACUCCACGGUCCAUUUCAGUGCCAAGGAGAUCGCCAAAAUAAAGGAGAAGAUCAGGAAGCUGUGCGACACGGUGCACAACAAGCACCUGGACCUGCAGAACAUCACGACGGGUCAUUUGGCCAUGGAGACGUUGCUGUCUCUGACUUCGAAACGAGCAGGUGACUGGUUCAAAGAGGAGCUGCGGCUGCUGGGAGGACUGGACCACAUAGUAGACAAAGUGAAGGAAUGUGUGGAUAACUUGAACCAAGAGGACGAUAAGGAGAAGCUGGUGUCGUCUUUGUGGGGGGCUGAGCGGUGUUUACGCGUGCUGGAGAGUGUGACCGUCCACAACCCCGAGAACCAGAGCUACCUGAUCGCCUACAAGGACUCGCUGCUCAUCAUCUCUUCUGCAAAGGCGCUGAGCAGGUGUGAGGAGAUGAUCCAGCGUUACAGCAGGGAGGUGAAGUCCGACAGAGCCGCGGUGGGGAAAGCGGUGGAGGACUGCAUGAGGGCCAUCAUAGGAGUGCUGCUCAACCUGACACAUGACAACGAGUGGGGCAGCACGAAGACGGGAGAGCAGGAGGAUUUGAUAGUGACGGCUCUGAACUGUGUUCUCAAAGUCCCUCAGUAUCUUCCUCAGGAGCAGAGGUUCGACAUCAGAGUACUGGGUCUGGGUUUGCUCAUCAACCUGGUGGAGUACAGUGCCAGGAACAGGUACUGCCUUAUGGAGAUGGAGAUGGAAGGGGGCCAGGGUCCCUGCGACUCCACCGUCCUGCUCAACCCUCAGCACCAGGACAUCGCCAGCACGGGCCCGCUGAGCGCCAUCGCUGCUCUUGUACAGCUGUUCCUGCAGCGGGAGCGGGCCGCCGUCCUGGCCGAGGCCCAGACCGACGACCUCAUAAAGGAGGCGCCGAAAGCUGCUUUGGACCAGAGCGGCCAGUGGCAGGAGACGGGCGGCGAGAUCCAGUGGGUCGCCAACGACAACGACUCUGACAAACAGGACGAAGGCAAGAAGAAGAAGGAGGACGAGGAGGACGAGGAGCUGGACCUAAACAAAGCUCUGCAGCAUGCAGGGAAGCACAUGGAGGACAGUAUUGUGGCCUCCUACACGGCACUGCUGCUGGGCUGCCUAUGCCAGGGGAGCCCGAUGAAUGUGACUACUGUGAGAGAGAACCUGCCUAAAGGAGAUUUCUCCAUCAUGACAGAAAUGCUGAAAAAGUUCCUCAACUUCAUGAACCUCACUUGUGACGUCGGCACCACAGGACAGAAGUCCAUCUCCCGGGUCAUUGACUAUCUGGAGCACUGCUAGAGAGAAGUCUGUCUCAAAUACGUACUCACACAAAAAGACACAUGCAACACAACCAUCUCCUUCAUCAUCGUUACCACCAUCACCACCACCUCAGAGUCGACCGCUGGAGUAAACUAACGGGACGUCGUCCUCUUCCUCCUUUUAAAGGAGCUUCACCUCGGCAGCGCUGGAAACAGCUCGUUUCCUCUGUGACUUUAAAGGAUAAACCCUUUGAAGCUGCAGCAGAGAUCACAUGCUUUUGUUUUUCUGAAGAAUCCAAGUCAGUAUUUGGUUGUUAUUUCUUCCUUUUUCCUCAGUUUAAAAAAAGUUGCUCAGAGCGAUGUUUUUCUUCUUCUCUGAUAAAUUCCAUUUCAAAGCGUCUCCUCACCUUCUCAGCCCCUCCCUCGUGAAAACCCCUUUCGUAUUGAGCGAUGGCAGAUUGGAGUGAAGCUGCCCCCCCCCCCAGCCUGCCAUCAAAGCCUCGCGGCCCUGAGCGCGGCCUUUUGGAGCUGAUAACUGCCAAACAAACAAGCUGAGCUCUUUAAAAAGAAAAGAUGGCUUUUACUUUGAAAACGUCGACCCCGGCUCCUCACAGGCCGCCUCAUUUCUCUCACGCUGUGUUCUUCUUCUCCUCUUUGCUGCUGUAACCUCUUGGCUCUGUUUGAAGGAGGUGCUUUAGCGCUGAGAAACCACGCGUAUUGAUCAUUUGUGGGCGGAGGGUGGAAAGCCUGACCCGCGGUGAAGUCGAGGUGGGACUGCUUGCUUCUGUAUGACACCUCGUUUCGUGGCGGCGCCUUUGUGCCGACUUCACACCUGACUCUCAAAGCUUUUGGGGGUUUUAGAAACUUUGGACAACCUCUGCUUCCAAAAAGCAGAAAGUUUUUUUUCCCUUUCAAACGAUCGAUCUCGCUCAACAUCAAAAGCUUCGUGUCUCAGCGGGUUCCCGAGCCCUCUGGGCCAGAACCUGUCCUCCUCCUGCUCCUUUCAAUUACCGCCAGGCCUUUGAGCUCGCCGCUCAUGGUGGAGACUUCAGUUACAGUAAAGACGGCCGAGGAAGCCCCCCCAGUCUGACAGGUGAAGGCCAGGCUCUUUGCUUUUGAACUGGGCCGCCAGCAGAGGGGUUUUCACAGAGGAGGUCGAUUGUUUGUCCCUCCUGCUCAGGUGUUUUCAGGAGGAAACACUGUAGCUGGAGCUCAAGAUCCUCAAACCCGCAGUUUAACUCCAAAUCCUGUGUUUGGACUUUCCAAGAGUGCAUCACUCUCUAACGUACAUUUCAGCGAUGCUGAGGUUGGAUUGGGAAUUUGUAAAUGAUAGAAAUCGGCCCCGUGCUUUUCCGUUGGACCUUCUGUGGUUUUCAUCUUUGAAGCCUUUUCAGAUGGCGCACCUGUGAAGAAGUCAAAACUCCAGCAGCGCUUACAGUACAAACAGCAACUCAUUACACGUCAGCCAUUGCACUUGUAGCUUUAACCCGCCCCAGCCUUUCCUGUCCUCUGUGCACCGUCAGUGCAGCUGAAGUUCCAGAGAUGUUCCCUGAUGGGGGAAAGGGAAGUCUGGAGCCUUAAACGAGUCAUUUCUGUUCCUCCUUCCUUCAAGUGCAGCGUUGUAACUAAAGGCUUUAUUAAUAGAAUAAAUAGAUAUGAUUUAGUUUGAAAAGAUUUCCCGCCUCAUUGUUGUUAAAAAGCUAAAAAAAAAGUUAUUUAAGUUUAGUGUCACAUUUCGUCAGUUUGGAGACUCUCAAAAGAGCGAAACUCCAGGGGAACAUGUGAGUCUUUCACACAAUAGAAACACUGUUUUUUCCAAUAAUUUCAUUGGAAGAUGUCUCGGAUAAGCCCCGCCCACUCCAUUAAAACCAUACAGCCUUGGUCUAACUCUCACUGGGCGACUCAAACUGAGGCGUCCCUUCAGUUGCUUUAUUAACCCUUUAAUGACCUCCAGCUAAUAAGCUUGUUAUAAAGGAAACCUGAAUAAGAAAGAUGGCCGUGAGCAUCGUUUUAGUGUUGGCUCUUUGUCUGCAGCCACGCUCAGGUCCCCACAGUCGCUCAUCAACGCUGAAACGCAAACCCGUGGCACUAAAGGUCACUGCUGUGAGAUAAAGGACACAGACGCUGUCCAUAGAGGCCAAAACAGGUUUUUAAAUUCCAGCAGGCUGCGCGUGUUAAUUACUGCUGUAAAUCUGUCGCAUUUUAAUGCGAGUCUGUGGGGACCCACUCGCUUUUGGAGCCUCAAGUGGAUGCUAGAGGACCUGCAGUGGUUGACGCUAGCUUGGUUUCCUUCGUUCCUGCUUUAAGCUAAAGAUUCGCCUUUGAAUUUCUUUUCUCGAAAACAGAUUUUUUUAAAGGUCCAGAUUAAGAGAGAGAGAGCAUCGUCUGAGCAAGCUAACGUUGAAAGUUGUCACGUCUGUUCCUUUGUGCUCUGUGGCGUUUGUCAUCAGCGCCGUGAGCUCCUGCUGCUGUUUGAUUUAAUCUUUAGAGCUGGAAAAAAAAUGACAUUGAAUUGACCUUUAAAGAUUGUGUCAUUGUUCAUGUGGUUUUGUAUUUGUUUGUCUGUGGACAUCAGCGCGCGCACGCACACACACACACACACACACACGUUAAAACUUCACACUCCUUUAUGAAAAGUUUACAAGAGCUUUAUUCACAGACGUCUGGAAGAAUGAAUGGAAGAGCUUUUUGUACAUAGUUUCCUGUAAAUAGAUUGGACCUCCUCAUGUAGGAGGGGAGCGAUGGAGGGAGUUUGGGACGGAGGGGGCAGUUUGGGGAGGGUCGUGGGUGGGCCGGGGUUAAAUUUAAAUUUAGACCGUAGACUCUACUUUUCUGAAUCUGAUUCUAUUUUUUCUUUUUUCUAAGCCUUUUUCUCCCAGCCGUGUUGUUGUUUUUGGACAGACAGAGAGCUUCUUCACGAGCCGCCUGCAGGAAAACUUGAUCUUUGUACCAAUUUGCAGACCGAUGUCUUUGGUUACCUGUACAUAAUUUUAAAAUAAUAAAAAUUGAUACUUUGAGUAAUUCUGGCACAGAGUUUUUCUUUCUGUCGUCCUCGGUGUCUGAGUCCUCGAACACGUGAAACACGUUUUGGUCCUUUAAUGUCUGACGCUGAAAGAAUCACAGAUAUUCACGUCCCCCCUGCACGUCCUCCUCGGGGCACCCCGGGCCUCCGCCGCUGCUCCUGGCCGUGUGGAAGUGCCUCUCGGGCCGAGGCGGAUCCCCGGCCGCCGGCGCUUUGUCGGUGCCCGGGCUGCGUGCUCCGCCCGCGCCCUGCUGCAGCAGCUCGCUGAGGGUGGAGAUGUAGAUCUGCGCCAUCUGCAGGGUCUCGGACUUGGACAGCUUCCGGUCGCUGUCCGUGUUGGGAAUAACGCUGCGGAGCCGGUCAAAGGCCACGUUCAGUCCGAGCAUCCUGCGCCGCUCGCGGGCAUUGGCCGCUAGACGCCGGCGUCUCUGUGCGCGCUCUAGAGCGCUCGUGUCCGGCGGCAAGUAAUGCAGCGCGCCCCCGGCGGGACCAAGCCGUAGCUCCACGAUGGCGCGCGGGGGGUCCCGGUAGUCCCCGGAGCGGUCCGGUGCGAGGCUCCGCUGCAGCAGCGCGUGGAGAUCCGCAUGGAGAGCCGAGGCCGCGGGACCGGGACCGCACUCAGAGUCCACGGACACGAAGGGAGCGAAGAGGCUUUUACGCGGAGGCAUCUCUGCUCCUCCUCCGCUCUCCCCUUUCUCCUUGUCCUACUGUCUACUUCUUCCUCUCCUUCUUCCUUUCUUCCUCUUCUCCUCCUCUUGUCUCCUUCUCCUCAUUCACCAAACGGCCACAGCCGCUGAGCCUCACCGGGACCCUUCACGUUUCUCAGCAUUGAUGGGAGAAUUUAUGGAGUGGGGGGCCUUGCGUGCUUCGGGGGCGUGGACAGGGUCGUGUGCUGCUCAGUGAACUUUGCCAGAUGCGCAGCUGGAAGUCGAUUAACCGAGUUCAUCAAAAGAGGAUUAGAAGCGUCUCAGUGCGCCGCUGAGGGCUGAAGAGGAGGAGGACGGAGAGCGCCAGCAGCCACGGUGUGAAGUUUCACUCACACAAACGUCACGUACAGUUUUUCAAUUAUAAAAAGUUUGUAAUAAGAGUUUGGAGCUGAAAGCAAACUUGUGUCGUGCAGCAGAUCAUUUAAGAAGCAGUGAAACAUUUUAGCGCUCAGAUUGAAAGAAAACGUGUUUGUAUGUUAGUCUGAGUACAGCUGGUACACUUCGCACUGCUUCCAUCACCACACAGAUGUUAGUGAAAGAAGUAUUUCUCUGUUCCAGAAAUCUGCACGAUUAGUUUCUUUCCCACACAGAAACACUCAUCCCAACAUGGAACAGUUGGAACAAUCAUUCAUGCUGAGAAGCUGCACGACCAGUUUAAUGCAAACACAUUAAAAAAAAGUCAAAUUUUCAGUUAUUAAUUAAUUUGAUGAAGAUCAGUGAAAAGGGAUCAUUUGUAAAACAAACAGCAGAUGAAUAGAUUCUCUCUUCUUCAUUCAAACAUUAUUACUCUGCAGAGUAAAAU